AUGUCGUCAGAAAUUCUUAAGACGCAGGGAACCCAGAUCCUGGAUGCCAAGGGAAAUGUGGUUCUUCUCCGAGGUACAACGCUGGGAGGCUGGAUGCUGAUGGAGAACUUCAUCAACGGUUUCCCUGGCCGAGAGAGCCAGAUCCGCAAGGCACUCUUGAAUGUCCUGGGUGUAGAGAAAUACGAGUACUUUUUCGACCGGUUUCUCGAAUAUUUCUUCACAGAGAAGGACGCCGAGUUCUUGGUCUCGCUAGGGAUUAAUUCCCUGCGCCUUCCCUUCAACUACCGCCAUUUUGAGGAUGACAUGGCCCCGUUUGAAAUCAAAGAACAAGGAUUCAAACACCUUGACCGCGUCAUCGACAUUUGUGCUAAACACAAGAUCUAUGUCAUUUUAGAUCUUCAUGCUGCCCCUGGCGGCCAGUCGCAGGAUUGGCACUGCGAUAACCCCACCGGCUAUGCGGCCUUUUGGGAUCAUAAACACUUUCAGGACCGAGUGAUUAAUCUCUGGAGAGUCAUUGCCGCUAGGUAUAGAGGUAAUCCAUGGGUUGCUGGGUACAAUCCACUAAAUGAGCCCGCGGACGAAGAAUGGGUGCGUCUCUUGUCGUUUUAUGAUCGAUUGGUCCCGGCCAUUCGUGAGGUUGAUCCCGACCAUAUCCUGUUCCUGGAAGGGAAUACAUUUAGCAUGGACUUCUCUCGAUUUGACCGUAUGUACGACAAUGCGGUCUACUCCGUCCAUGAUUACUGUGGCUUUGGAUUCCCGAACCGGAUCGGAAGAUACCAAGGCAAGCCUGAACAAGAUGCGUACAUUCGCAAGAUGUAUGACCGUAAAGUGGAAUUUAUGAAGAAGAACAAUGUCCCUAUCUGGAAUGGAGAGUUCGGCCCUAUAUACGAAAAGGAAGAAACAAAUCCAGAUUGGGAAGUCCAUAAUCGGGAGCGCUACAACAUGCUAGAGAAGCAGCUUGAGAUCUACACCGCUGACUCCAUUGCUUGGAGCAUAUGGACCUACAAGGAUCUGAACACCAUGGGCCUUGUGCAUAUGCAGUCGAAUACGCCUUGGAUCAAUCUUCUGGACCCUAUUAUCAAGAAAAAGCGACAGCUGGCGGUGGAUUCAUGGGCUUACGACGAUGCCCAUCUUCAGGAAGGGUUGUUUGGGCCUCUUCACAAAUGGUUUGAGGACAACGUCCCUGCGCAAUAUGGGAAGAAGUAUCCGUGGCAGUGGCGGAUGAACAUGCAUGUCUUCCGGGGCAUCCGCGGUAUCACCAUGGCCGAGUACAUGAUCCCAGAAUGGGCAGACUACUUCCGCGACAAGUCUUUCGAAGAACUGGAUGCACUUGCUGCCAGCUGGAAAUUCGAAAACUGCAUGAUCCGCGAUGAAUUGAAUACGAAGCUGAAGCUUUACUCGACAAUGCAAUCCGACGAUAAGCGGUUGGUCGGCAACGUCAUCUUGCCUAGUGUGGACUCUGCCACGGAGGGUGUCUUUGAGCUGUCACCAGAGGAGAAGGAGAGGAAGAAGCGAACUCUUGGAACAGAAUAA